AUGGCGAUUUAUUUGCAAAGCUGUUUGGAUUCUGCUGCUGCUCUGUUUGGGUGUUUAGCUACUUCCACGAAGACCAUUCUUGCUGAGUCUCUUCUUCAUGGUUACAAAUUUCACAGCAUAAACACAGUAUACUACAUGUCUCCUUUCGCCACCAUGAUUCUCGGGAUACCGGCACUAUUACUGGAAGGCAACGGGAUUAUGAGUUGGUUUGAAGCACACCCCGUCUCCCUGGUUGCGGUGGCUGUAUUGGUGUCAUGGUUGAUAUUCCGUAAUCCGAUAUCGUGUAUGAAUGCUGUUGGACGUGGGAUCACGCUUCUGGGAUGCACAUUCUAUGGAUACGUGAGGCAAAGUCCUAGGACUCCUCGCACACCAAGAACCAAGAUGGAGUUGCUUCCUCUUGUUAAUAACGAUAAACUCGAAGGCAAAGUCUGA